GGAAAAAAAAAGAACAAUCCCACUGCUCGCGAGGUCGGGAAGGAAACCCUCGCCCCUCUCUCUCGUGCCGUCGUGCGACACCGCAGCCCUCCCCCCAGCGAUCCUCUCCGGCGACCUCUGCCGGCUCUCCAUCCUGAUCCUCUUUUUCCCGAAUUCUAUUCCCCACAGGUUCCUGGUCUUCGCUCCCUACAUUACCUGCGAGACCGUCGGCGGCGCGCAAUUUAGAGACCCCAUCCGGUCGGUCUCAGUAUCCUCUCCCCUGCCAACGGACGCAUUCUGCCUCCUCCGUCUAAGUCUCCAAGUUCCUGAAGACCCGUUCGCUUGCCCCAGAUGUGUAUAUGCGUGUGACAGGAGUAUCCAAACAGUGUGAUCAUUGCUUGCUAUUAAGUAAGGUGUUCUUCAAUGGCUCAAUUCAUGGAUUUGCGAGCUUUUAUCUUGCGUGCACGUGUCUUGAAAUUUUAUAGGCAGGCACUGCGCAUGACUCGCCGAGCCCCUGAGCAUGCUCGUGAUGAGUUGAGGCAGACAGUAAGAGUGGAGAUUGAGAAAAAUCGCCAUUGUGAUGAUAAGCAAAAGAUUAAGUUUUUAAUUAGUGAAGGACUACAGAGAUUAAAAGGUCUUGAUGAGAUGCUUGACAUGACAGGAAACAGUUAAUUUGAGUUGUAUCAUGGGCUCUGCUCCAGUGAAAACUUGGACACAGUUCAGUUUUCAGAGACAGCAAAACUAUGCAUGCUAGAAUUUUGUGGAAAAUUGGUGCAGCUCUUUAUUUGAGAAUGCAGAUCUGGGUUAGAUGGGUACAAAUCUGCAAAUCAACGGAUUGUACCAACUGUGGAGAGUUACAUCUCUAGGUCCAGAUCACUUCUGUUGUAAAGCACUUGGAUUGGACCGCACCCUUUCUAUUUUGUAAUUUAGUGGUCUAAUGAGUGUAUUAGUUUGGCUGUAUUUGUGUUCAUUGGAUUUAAAUCAGAUAGAAGGGACGGUAUAUGCUGGUAUUUGUGAUGCCAUUGCUUAUCGGUAAAUGUGAUGCUCAGAAACAUUAUUCUUCUGCAAUUAUGACGGUUGGUCCCAUUAUUCUUUGUAGCAUCAUCUAAUGAGAUGAAGACUGAAUUUUUGCUCCCA